UCAGUGAAGUGUCAUUAAGAGAUCUCCAUUACAAAUCUUAUAAUUGAUUUUUUUCUCCACCGCAGAUAUUAAGGCCGAUAACACUCGAAUUCAAAACAUUGGAACCCCCAGGUAUGAGUGGUAUCACCCGAAACUACGGAAACCUCCAAGCGAUGGUACACAUUCAGCUCCAUCCUUACGGAACCAAGACGCUGCAGGAUAUGAUCAGCAGGCAAACAUUACAGCCUCUACCUGGCUCCACAGGUGACUUCACCGCCUGCCAGAUGCACAUACCCAGCUCCAACCUCCCGUACGGGGGGGCAGGGGCCAGCGCUCAUGGCUCCAAGAGCUCAGGAGAGGACACUGUAAAAAAGAGGGAGUACCGCUUGAUGAAGAACAGGGAGGCCGCCCGGCAGUGUCGGCGAAAGAAGAAGGAGUACGUCAAAUGCCUCGAAAAUCGCGUGGCCGUGCUGGAAAAUCAAAACAAGACUCUGAUUGAGGAGCUCCGAGCUUUGAAAGACAUCUAUCGACACAAAAUCCAGUGAAUCCUCAGAGCAGCAGAGGAGCCUCGUUUGCGCUAUGUUGUCUGUCUCUGCGGGAUGUCUUGAGGGACUCUGGUUUUUGCUCAUGUACAAACACUCACAUGAACAUGCCCUCGCACAAACCUCUUCUUGUCUUUUGCUGUUAAAUAUGUUUACAUGAUGAUGUCAGUGUCUCUGGCUUCGAUUCGCCUGCGCGCCACAACCAGCAACAACAAGAACAUUGUUCCAGGUCAGGGUCGUUGUCAGUGAGCUUGUGUCCCUUUGCACAGGGAAGCUGUCGGGGUUGGCAGGAGGACAAUGAGGGAAUAUAUGGACCGCCUGCCUUACUGAGAGAAACUGAAGUCGCAGCACUGGUCUGUCACUAUGCUGUAAACCCCUCUACACUUUCCAUUCCUUUAGGAUUAGUUUCCAAAUUUGGCUUUUUAUGAUCUUCUCUUUCAGCCAAUCAAUUUUGUGAUGUGUUUUUGCUACGACCAAAUGUUCAAAGAGGACCUGAUCACAUCCCCUAGCUGUGUUUUCAGCCCAUAUCUGUUAUCCUAAAGCAAGCACAGGAGUCAACACCUACGGAACCACCAUAUUUAACAAAGAGACAAUUCCAGCAUCUUUUCAAUUACUUUUCUGCUCCUAACCUGUGGCAUUGGUAUAUUUAUUUAGGCAAGUUCCCUUUGAAUUUCUGUUAUAGUUUGUACCAAAAAAAAAGCAUUUAUGUUAAUAGAAGUAAGGGUUUAUUUAUUUAUUUAGUUUGUUUGUAUUUAUGGAAACUGUAUUAAGUGUUUUAAUUAACUUUUAGUCAUGUCAGUCUACCAGUCUACAUUAAUGUGACUCUUCUUUUUUACAUGACAUGAAAUCCUACUUUUAUCUUCAGCGUUGUUGUUUUGUUUCUCCUCUGUAAAACAAAAACAGUUGUCUUGUUAUCUCAACGCCAUAUUUUAAAGAUUUAAGGUCAAUAAAGUUGUUGUCAAUCUAU